GAAGAUGGCGGCUCCCGUUGAGGCAGUUCAGCCGCUGGUGCAGUAUUUGGUUCUCAGAGGGGACUUGGCGCGGGCUCCGUUCUCGUGGCCCUUAGGUGCACUGGUGGCGCAGGGGUGUCACGCGGCCAUCGCGGCCCUGCAUGCUCACCGCGACCACCCAAAUACGGCGGCUUAUCUCCGGGAUCUGGGGAGCAUGCGCAAAGUGGUCCUCGAGGCUCCAGAUGAGGCUGCCCUGAUGUCACUGGCUGAGACCCUGAAACAGAACAACAUUGACUAUACGCUAUGGCUGGAGCAGCCAGAAAACAUUGCCACCUGCAUAGCUCUUCGGCCUUAUUCCAAAGUGGAGGUGAACACACAUUUGAGGAAGUUCAAGUUACUGAAGUGACCACCAUCUGUGAUAGCUAUUUUGGACAAGUGGGACCCAGAAUUUGCAUGCCAACCAUUUCUUGGAACCUGCAAAAACUAUUUCAACAACUUGAUAGACCCCACAUUUGCCCUCAGUACUGGCAAUUUCUUUAGGGGUAGUUGGAAGCAGAUUAAUUUUUGAGUAAAUUUCAACUAAUAAACAAUUCCUCUUUCUGUGAAGGUAGGAAAGAUGGAUGAACAAC